AUGGGUGCCUCGAAUUCAAGAGCCAGUGGGAACUAUCCACCAUCUCGACAAGUUCAGACAACAUACGGCCUAAUUGAAGGCCGCAGAUUUUUCUCCGAAGACGAGCGACAAGUUGAUGCAUUUCAAGGCGUACCGUAUGCUGCGACACCUAUUGGUGAACUCCGUUUUUCGAUGCCAGUUGCACAUGAGAAAUGGGAAGAUGUGAGAGAAACAAAAGCUUUUGGUGCGAGAGGAAUUCAGAAAGAUGGUUUACUUUCUGGAAAGGUACGGUUUUCGCAACAAUUUAGCUAGACAAUUUUGUAUUUCUUAUCAUUAUGUAUUCCCACAGACACAACAACUUAUGAUGUGAUAGUCAUAAUAGCCCACACAUCAAAAAUCGCACAAGUCAGAGUUUUUUGUAGAGUCGUGGGUGGAAACUCGUGUCUAAGUGUGUUUCGCAAGAUUAGGGAUUUUCAGACAAACAAUUUCCUACGUAAAUUUGUUAUAUUUUUCUCAUAAUUUUCCCACUCUCGCUGGAUAUCCUGGAAUAAAAUUACCCUAUUUUUUUACAGAUUGGCCCACAAUCCGAAGAUAAUCUAACACUCAACAUUUUCACACCAGUUUGGAAAGCUGAAACAACAUCCGGAUUUCCGGUUCUUGUUUUUAUUCAUGGCGGAGCAUUCGUCAGCGAUUCAGCUGUGAAAUACGGCGAUUUGAAUAUUUCCAAAUACUUGGUUCGAAAAGAUGUGAUUGUUGUUACAGUUCAAUAUCGUCUAGGAUUCUUGGGAUUCUGGACAACUGGUGAUGAAACGAUUCCAGAUAAUCUAGCACUUCAUGAUAUGACUUUUGCAUUGAAAUGGAUUCGAGAAAAUAUAAAAGAAUUCGGAGGAGAUGUGGAUAAUAUCACUUUGAUGGGUCAAUCUGCUGGAGGUGAUGCUGUUGAUUUAUUAAGCAUUUCUCCAGUAUCGAGAGGUAUAUUAAUUUAUUAUUAACAUCUAAUCAAAAGAAAAAAGCUAUUUUCAGAUUUGUUCCACAAGGUCAUUCCAAUGGGCGGAAAUGCAAGUUGUUCUUGGUCUAUAAAAGAAACUCCUCUAAAAGCAUGUCGUAUUCGAGCCGAAUCGAUCGGUAUACACGACCCUUUGAACAGUGCAGACUGGAUACAUAAACUUCGUCAAAUUCCCGCUGACAAAUUUGCAGCUGGGAUGGAAAUCGACCCAAAUCGCGAAGAUACACAAAUGAUGGUAGGUCCGAAGUUUGACAGUGUGUUCUUGCCAAAACCUUUGAUGGAACUACGCAAAGAAUCGCCAGUAAAACCGAGAUUGGUUGGAUGUGCAAGAUCGGAAGGAUUGAUAAUGUGCAGUGAGUUGAAUAUAAAAAAAAUCUAGAGACUCAAUUAUUCAGUAAAUUAAUUUAGUAAUCGGACUUGAUAGUAAGAAUCCACUCAAUCAAAUAUUGAAAGAUCUCGCAAAUAUUCUUCCCGAAACAAAAUUCCCACUUCAUGCAAGACAUGUUCAAUCUGAAGCCAUCACAAAAUUGAUUGAUAUUGGCUGCGAACACAGUAAAGAAGAAUGGAAUCGAGCAAUGAGUGAAAUAAAAGGAGACUUUUUCAUGAAUGUCGGAGUUCAAACAAAUAUUCUCGAUGUUCUUGACACUCAACCAACUACACCUAUCUAUUUCUAUUCAUUCGAUUUUUACAAUCCAAAAGCAUACGGAAUAAUCGGUUACAAGAUGCCAUUUAAAGGUUAGAAAAUAGAGAGAAACUUCGAGAUUCAAUUUGAUGAGAUAUAUUUUCAGACGCUACUCAUUGUACUGAUAUUAGUUAUGUUGUCGGAACUCAUAUUGUGGGAAAUUUCGAAUGGGCUGAGGAAGAUAUCAAAAUGAUUGAGCUUACAACAAGACUUUGGACAAAUUUUGCGAAAUAUGGGUGAGUUCAAGAACUUUAAUCUCGAACUAUAUUUACACAAGGAUCAGGACCCAACUCACUCAAAACAAAUCCGAAAAUAAUUGAAGUGCACCCUUUUGUAAAAUAAUUUCAUUCUGAAAUGAAAACUUUUUUUUUUUCAAAACUUUUUUCUAAAAAACUAGUUCACGUUUCGAAAAAAAAAACCAUUCUCCCAAUUUCCACGUAAUAGGUCACCCUUUUAUUUUCAUAAUAUGAGAUUUUUCACAGAGAUCCAAACGGUGUUCAAGACUCGGAAACUGUUCUCGGUGAAACGAAAUGGCUUCCUGCGACAGCUGAAAAUCCACAAGCACAUCUGGCAUUGGAUCUUUUACCAAGAAUGGAAUCAACUUAUAAGGUAUUUUCUGGCUAGAGAUUUCAAUAAUUCUAAUUACCAAGUCAAUUCGAUUUAAGAAUGGUCGUCCUUUGUACAUUGCUCAACUUCUUCGCGAAACUUCAACCUCAUAA